AUAAAAAUACUUUUAGAAAAGUUUCUUACAACUUUAAAGUAAGAUGCUAGACCAGUCAGACCCAACAUUUUCAGUCAUUCCAUAUACCCUACAAUUCUAAUUUUCUACUCCGUUGCAUUUUUAUUUUUAUCAUUCAGGCCAAUAAACCCUGCAUAAGCGCUCAAUUCUUAAGAUCCGACCCGUGUGAUCAUCAUUAUUCACUGCCCUCUCUCUCUCAUGUUUGCUGUGAGUGACUCAGCGGAAUUCAAAAUAGUGUCACACUUUUUUUGAUACUCCCAAUUUUAGAAACCAUAAAACUCCAUAGCUCUCUCUUCAGUCUCCAAAUCUUCGAGUACCAAAACCUCAGAAACUCUAUAAACUCCAUAUUCAUUUUAGUAUUUCAUGCUACAUUGAACCCUAAAACCCUAAACCCUCUUCACACUCUUACUUUCCCCUCUUACUCAGUCAUGUUCUCUCCUGCGACGAAGAAGUCCAAUUUCAGCGCUCGAAAGGACCGUAAUCUAGGGCACGCGCGCCCUGAUUCGCCGAUAACUCCACUUGCAGAGAAUCGAAGCUCGCUUCACGACACUUCAAUCCCUAAUCGCCCCAGCACUGGCACUCCCGCUCCAUGGGCCUCUCGCUUAUCUGUUAUCGCCAGAAUUCCACCAGUCAAGAAAACUGGUAAUCCGGAUGAUAUAGAUCCAAUUCAACCUGUAUAUGUUGGAGAGCUUCCCCAGGUGGUUCAUGAUGAACAAGCCCUUCUCUUGCAGAAAUCUAUUCCUGGUGAUCUGUGCGUCUCUGGCGGAAUGGACAAGGGAACCUCUCUUGGAUGGAUUGUCUGUGGGAACAGACUCUUUAUCUGGAGUUACUUAUCAUCUGCAGCUUCAAGAAACUGUGUCGUUCUUGAACUUCCUUCGAGUGUUUCAGGAAAUGGAAAUAUUAGCAGAAAUUUUUAUCAUGGAAAUAGUUGGUCCCUCUGUGUUGUCAAUUGGGAUAGCACACGCACAAGCACGAACAAAGUUGUGCAACAGCGCAACUCUUCCGGUGUUGUUCUUUGUAAUCUGAAAACUCGAGCUGUUGUAUACUGGCCUGACAUCUAUUCUGAAGGUGGGACUACGUCGGUGAUGAGCCUUGCAUCUUCUGAUGAGUCAGUGUUGACUUUCUCACCUGGUGAUGGGAAGACCAUUUCUAACCCGUGGCAACGUAGCAGACUUGGAAGUAGUUCAAUUGAAGCAAGUCCUUUUAAUUCUUUGGUAGCUUCUGCAAUCCCUGAUACUGGACUCUCCUGUAUUGCCCUUGCAUGUAGUACCAAUGGCGAGCUCUGGCAAUUCCACUGUAGCCCCAAUGGUAUUCAGCGUAAACGAAUUUGUCAGGAAAUUCUUAGUACAUCAUUGCAAGGCUCUAAUGGUGGCCAGACCAUUCGAAGCAAUGGGUAUCCGAGGUCAAUAAUUUGGCGUUUUCCGCAUCUGUCUUCAGAGGGAAGUAGUCGGCAAUUCUUUCUGUUGACAGAUCACGAGGUUCAGUGUUUUGCUAUUAAACUUUCUUCCGAUUUUAGUGUGUCCAAGCUCUGGUCGCAUGAAAUUAUUGGUACUGAUGCUGAUUUGGGUAUCAAGAAGGACCUGGCUGGUCAGAAGAGAAUAUGGCCCCUGGAUAUGCAGGUUGACGAUCAUGGCAAAGUAAUUACCAUUCUUGUAGCUACCUUUUGUGAGGACCGGGCCAGCAGCAGAUCAAGUUACAUAGAAUAUUCACUUCUGACUAUGCAAUAUAAAUCUGGGGUGAAUAUUUUGUCAGACAGUACUGGGCUAAUAUGUGAGAGGGUUUUGGAGAAAAAAGCACCUCUUCAAGUGAUAAUCCAAAGAGCAAGAGUAGAAGAUGAGGACUUCUUAUUUACCAUGAGAUUGCGUGUAGGGGGUAAGCCUUCUGGAUCAGCAAUUAUACUUUCACGGGAUGGAACUGCAACAGUCUCGCAUUACUGGAGAAACUCUACACGACUAUAUCAAUUUGAUCUACCUUAUGAUGCCGGAAAAGUUUUAGAUGCAUCAGUGUUCCCUUCAGAUGACAGUGAAGAUGGAGCAUGGUCUAUACUCACUGAGAAAGCUGGAGUAUGGGCAAUUCCUGAGAAGGCUGUUUUACUUGGUGCAGUUGAACCACCUGUGCGAAGCCUGUCACGCAAGGGGAGCUCGAAUGAAGGAUCUGUGCAGGAGGAGAGAAGAAACUUCUCAUUUGCAGGCAACAUUGCUCCUAAAAGGGCUAGUUCUGUAGCGCGGGAUGUUGGUGAUAGACAAAGGGCAGUUGUCACUGGGAUCGCACAGCGAACUUCUCAAGAUGAAGAAUCUGAAGCUCUUCUGAAUCAUCUUUUCAAUGAUUUUCUUCUUUCCGGGCAGGUUGACGGCUCACUCGAUAAACUUAAAAGUUCUGGGGCAUUUGAAAGGGAUGGAGAAACAAAUGUUUUUGCUCGGGUAAGCAAAUCAAUUGUCGACACCUUAGGUAAACAUUGGACAACAACCAGAGGUGCUGAGAUUGUGGCUAUGGCUGUUGUGUCUAACCAACUCUUGGAUAAGCAGCAGAAGCAUCAAAGGUUUCUUCAGUUUCUUGCUUUAUCCAAGUGCCAUGAGGAACUGUGUUCUAGACAGGGACAAUCUUUACAAAUUAUUUUGGAACAUGGUGAAAAGCUUGCUGGCAUGAUUCAACUGAGGGAACUGCAAAACACGAUCAGCCAGAACCGUUCAACUGGAGUUGGCUCACCUUCUCGGAGUUCGAGAAGUGAAAUUUCUGGUGCUCUUUGGGAUUUGAUUCAACUAGUGGGUGAGAGGGCCCGUAGAAAUACUAUCCUUUUAAUGGAUAGAGAUAAUGCUGAAGUAUUCUACAGUAAGGUUUCAGACCUUCAAGAAGUAUUUUAUUGCUUAAAUGGACAGCUAGAAUAUGUAAUCAGCGUAGAGAUGCCAUUUGUGGUUCAGAUUCAAAGAGCUUGUGAACUCUCAAAUGCUGCUGUGACUUUAGUUCGCACGGCCAUGCACUACAGAAAUGAGCAUCACAUGUGGUAUCCCUCGCCUGAGGGCUUAACACCAUGGUAUUGUCAACCCGUGGUACGUAGUGGAUUAUGGAGCAUUGCUGCUUUCAUGCUUCAGCUGUUAACUGAAACAUCUUGUCUUGAUAUGUCUGCGAAAUCAGAUUUCCAUUCUCAUCUUGAAGUACUGGCUGAAAUUUUACUUGAGGCAUAUUCUGGUUCUAUCACAGCAAAAGUUGAGCGUGGAGAAGCUCACAAAGGCCUAUUAGACGAGUAUUGUAAUAGAAGAGACACACUUCUUGACUCCCUUUAUCAGCAAGUCAAAUGUUUAAAAGACAAAUGCCAGGAUUUAAACGAAGGAACUGAAGAGCAAGUUGAAGUGAUCCUCAGACAGCUUUCCUCAAAUUUGUUGUCUAUUGCAAAACGGCAUGAAGGCUAUCAAACCCUGUGGAAUAUAUGUUGCGAUCUCAAUGAUGCAGAACUCCUUAGAAAUCUAAUGCGUGAUAGCAUGGGACCUAAAGGAGGGUUUAAUUACUUUGUGUUUAAACAACUGUAUGAGGACAAGAAGUUUUCCAAGCUUCUAAGACUUGGGGAAGAGUUCCCCGAAGAGCUUGCCACUUUUCUACAGCAGCAUCAGGAUCUCCUCUGGCUUCAUGAAAUGUUUCUUCAUCAAUUCUCCUCGGCUUCCGAAACUCUUCAUGUAUUAUCUCUGUCUCAAAAUGAUACCUCAAUUUCAAAAACUGAAGAGGGGACUGACUCUUAUGACAGUGAGUUGGAACCAACACUGGCAGAAAGAAAGCGUCUUCUGAAUCUGUCAAAGAUAGCUGCAAUGGCAGGAAAGAACUCUGAUUAUGAAGCAAAGUUGAAGCGCAUUGAAGCUGAUUCAAAGAUUUUGAAUUUACAGGAACAGAUUUUAAAACUCUUUCCUGACAAUGAAGAGAAGCAAAACAUUGGAAACCGGCUUCUCCCCCCGGCCGACCUUAUUAAGCUUUGCCUUAAAGAACAAAAUUCAGAGCUGUCAUUGCUGGCUUUUGAUGUGUUUGCAUGGACCAGCUCCUCCUUUCUCAAGUGUAACAGAAGCCUUUUGGAGGAGUGCUGGAAGAAUGUUGUGGAUCAGGAUGAUUGGGAGAAACUCUAUCAGGCAUCCAUAUUACAGGGGUGGAGCGAUGAGGAAACCAUACGGGUCCUUGGAGAAACCAUGAUCUUCCAAGCUUCGAGUAGGUGUUAUGGACCCGAAGCAGAAACUUAUGAAGGAGGGUUUGACGAAGUGCUUCCAUUGAGGCAAGAGAAUAUAGAGCUUCAAACAUUGAAGGAUUCAGGUUCUUCUGUGGAAGCAAUUUUGAUGCAGCACAAGGAUUUCCCUGAUGCCGGCAAGCUGAUGCUGACUGCAAUCAUGUUGGGCAUAGCCCAGGUUGAUACUGGAGUGGAAGAGGGCCCUUCCCCAAUGGAGUGAAAAGAAUGAUUCACACAUACGAUAAUGUUUAGAGAUAGAAACCAAUAUGAGUUUUUCUUGUUUGAAUUAAAGUAACGUGCAUGAGCCUGGUAUAGUUGUACUUGGUGAAAUAGGUGGGGCAUUGGUACAUGGAUCGGAUCAUGGAUUGGUAUCAACCCACCCUAAGCACCAAGGUUUUUUUUUUUUUUUUUUUUUUCCCUCUUUAGGUCAGUUUAGUUAGUUGGAAAUUGAUAGUAAAAGUGCAAGGGAAGGGAAUGAAAUGAAAACUACUUUUCUGCAUUUGGUUAGCCAACAGGUAUUGGGUAGUGGUAGUUCCCCUGCCCAACACUUAGGGAGAGGAUCAUUACACUAUAUUUGUAAAAUGUUACGUAAAAUAUAUUUCUUUUUCCGCUA